CAAAUAUAUUGAUGGAUAGUCUACCCGGGGGUAUAUAUCCGAAGGGUUAUUGCUGGGAAUAACUUAGAGAGAAGUCAGAGCAGGUAAAUGUAGAGAGAGAGCGUAUUAUAAAUGUGGAGCGUUUUCAGCGUGGUUACAAAUGGGGAAAUGAGGUGCUAUUUAUAGUAGCAAUAAAUGCCGGGCAGGGACACGUGUCAAGCGCCUAUUGGCCGAGGGGUCACCUCAACUGGUUGGCGUUGGCAGCCGCAUGUGGCCGCAUUUAAUGCGGCUGUUGGAUGGGACGUCUGUACAGGGUACGGUGAUCUGUACACAUGUGAGGCGGAUAUCAUGUCGGGAGAGGUGCCCUCGGCUGCAGAGGACUAGCCGAGGGCUCUUAGUGCCGAGGACCCCUGAGUGCCGAGGGCUCCAGGUGCCGAGGGCUACUGUUUUCGCCGUUUUCUCCCAGUUUCUUAGUUUGCCUGGAAAACCCAUUCUGUGAGAGUUUAGAGCCUUCGGCCAGGGGGCCGAGGGCACCCCUGGUGCGUAUUGCGGGCUGCUUGGUACUCUGGGCGCCGUGAUUAGGGCCUGUUGGGCCUCCUGGGCCUGUUGGGCCUUCAUUGGUGUAGUAGGAGUCUGUGGGCCGGGUGUUCCCGGGCCAUAUACUCCAUCAGGAGUCCCUCACUCCUUUUGCCGAAAGGUAUUUGAGGGAAAAGGAGUAAUUUGUGCUUGCCCUUUGAUGUUGUCCUGUCGUGAUCUCUGAAGUUGGUGAUGAGUUGUUGCUUUUAUGUCCCUGCCGAAGGCAGUCCCUCAGUUACCCACAUGUCGGGACUUGAGGGCUUGCUUUGUCGUUUGUUGGAAUUUCACUAAUUUUGUAAUUUAAUGAUUUUCCCGAGGGGGUCCUCCAGUCCCCCACUCCUUGAGGCACUUGUAAAGUAGUAAAAAGGAGUAGAGUAGUUGCGUUGGUGUUGUGGGCCGAAGGCUGACGCUUUUCGUUUCAUUUUGGGGGGAUGCCUCGUUAAAAACCUCAUUAGAAAAAACCCUGUGGGAAAAAAUCCUAAUGAGGGAAAAAGAGUGCACCGGAUUCCCCCAAUGAUGAAUCGAAAAUGUCAAACCUUGGUCAAAAAUGGAGAAUAACGGUAAUGCCGAAGGCUCUUCUUUUUCUGAGGGCUCAUGUGUUGAUUAGCCGAAGGCUUGCUGUUGAUGUCCUGGGGGUGCCGAAGGGGAGCCCCUCAAUCCGGGGAUCGAGGGCCUGCUGGCUGAGGGCAGCAGUGGAGUUGUUACCGGGGGGUCCACUGUUUGUUGAUUAGUUGGUGAUGAAGAUACCCGAGGGCUCCCAUUACCUGUGUGCCAUGGGUUAUCCGUCAAUGAGGCAACUCCCCCGGGGGCUACCCGGUUUUGCAGUGCUGAGGGGGAAUCCCCGAGGGGUGCCCUGAUAUGAAGCCCUGGGUUUCUGAAGGAGUGAUCCCGAAGGCGUCUGUUAUGUGCUGUGUGGGGCACAACCCGGGGGCGUCUCUGGGUAGGUGUACCCGGAGGCUCUCCUUGACGAAGUGGAGUGAAGUAGAAAACCCGGGGGCUUCCAGAAUAUAGCCGUUGGAAAUAUAGCCGUUGGAAUAUGUAACGUCAGGAUAUAGCCGUUGGGGGGGGGGGGGGUACACGUGGUGCGUGACGGUUGGCUGCCCGUGGGCGGCGUCACCGGUUGGGUGAAAACACGGUGCGUAAUGAUGACGGUCCGUCCGGAGGCCCGGUUUCCGGGUCCAAGCCCGGAUUCCAGCGCCUAUAAAUACCCCAAGGCCAGGCAUUCCUCCGUGUGCGAAAACCUUGUUAGCGAAGCUCUGCCAAUUUUUCUAGAGAGAGAAACAGCAGCCCUCGGUUGAAUCCUCUGUUCUUAAGGUCAUUUCUCCACUUGCCCUUCACCUCUUAGCUACUUGUAUUGUGCCCUUAGGCUAGGAGAUAGAAUAUUUAGAAAACACUAGCGCCUACGAGCCUUCGAACUAGAGUCAGAAUGUCGUCCCAGAGUGAUUCUCAAGAUAUCUCGGGGGCGCCCUCGAUGGAGGAUGAAGUCCUCUCGGACGUGGAGUCCUCAAGUGCACAGUCUUCGGUGGGACAGGAUGCCGUCGUUGCCCUGGAGUUGCAGAAAGCCCUCGUAGCUGAGGCGGAAGCCGAGGGCUUCGAGCAAGAAUGUGAGGACGAAGAGUUGGCCCUCUCCUGGCAAGCAGCUGAAGAGGAGGCACAAAGAGAAAGCGCGAGGGUCACCGUUGCUGUGCUCCCCCCUCGGGGUGCCGGUGAGGCCAGCACCUCUCGGCCGCUGAAUGCGGUCCCCAUCCGGGUGGCCCCCGGAAAGAAGAAGGCCAAGGCCGCUGCUCCCAAGAAGAAGGGCAGCGUAGCAGACCAAGGGAAGCCCCUCGAUAUGCCCGAGGGGUAUUCAUAUUUGAACACCGCCGCCUUGGAGAUAAGGUCGAAGGCUGAUGCGGCGGACAUCUACGUCACUCAACUACACGUGGGCCCCUCGGCCAUCGUGGUGACACCGGGUCCAGAUGACGUCCUCUCCCGGGCUCCCGAGGGCUGUAUAGCGGUGCAUGUUCUCUCGGUGUCCAUGGGGCUCCGCUUCCCCCUGCACCCUUUCCUCCGGGAGUACCUUCGGUUCGUGGGUCUGGUCCCCUGCCAGCUGACCCCGAAUAGCCAUUCCUAUAUCACUGGCUUCCUCCAGCUCUGCAAGUCCCGGGGGGUGACGCCUAGCCUGGACCUCUUCUUCCAGAGCUUUAAUUUGUGCCGGGGGGGGGGGGGGCACGCGAAUGCCGAGGGCUUCGCCAACUUACAGCAGGUGGCCCUCUUCAAGCUCUUUACCGAGGCGCCCUCCUCGAACAAAGGGUGGAAAGACCGGUGGUGCUACGUGAGGCUGACCGAGAGCCCCUUCCCGAGGGAAUUGCGUGACCGGUUUAGGAGGCAUGAGAAGAGGAGGAGCGCCGCCCUCGAGAAAGACGGCAGGAUCCUGGCCAAAAUCCCGGAGGGCCGGGACAAAAACAUCACCAUUAAGGAGUGCACCAAGGAGGAGGAUCUCUACACCCUCGGGUUCAGGCGGUAUCGCUUUCUGGGGGAGACAGAUGAGAAGUUCCCGGCAUUCGAGGGAGCCUCCGGAGGUAGUGGCUGAGGGCACCCUUAUUUUAUGUCUUAGCAGAUAGUCCAUCUGCUUGUUCGUUUCUUUUUUGUGCUAUCUGUUAGUGACCCCUCGAUCUUAACCCCAUAUUGUUUUUGCAGGUGUCAAGAUGGAUCUCAACGCCUUCGCCAACCUCAAAAAACAGAAGGCGAAGGUGUCGGGCCAGAAGGAGCCCGCAAAGCAGAAGCCCCUCGGGGAGACGAAGAAAGGCGGUGAGCCCUCGGGGGAGGCUGCAAAACGAAUGGCCGCCGGCAAGGCCCCAGUCCCCGAGGGGAAGAAACAAAAGAAGGGGGACGCCGGGAAGAAGGCUCCCUUGGUGUUGGUGGUGGACGAGCAUUCUGCCUCGGAACCCAGUGCUCCGACUGCUCCUUGCCCGCCCUCGGGCAAAGGUGGCGAGGUAAGCUUGCCUCGGGAGGACAUACAGUUCUCCCUGCCGAAGGGGUCUGCCAUCACGCAUGGCACAGUGGACCCCCGGGAAUUUCUUGGCGGGGCUACACCCGCUCUAGACAGGCGGGCCCUCGGGAAGCUGGAUGACGAAGCCCUCGAGUCCAAAAUCCUCCGGUCCUCUCUUACCGCUUGCAUAGCCCUCGGCGAACACGCCAGGAGAUUCGACGAAUGGCGCCUCCAGAGGGCGCAACAGGAAGAGUCCCUUAAGAAGCUCGUCCACGAUAACGCUGAGGUCAUGAGGCAGAUGGCUCAACCUGAGGGACCUCCAGCAGGCGAGGGCGGAAGUAGAGAGAGCCUCCCGGGAGAGGGUGGAGAUGGAGAAGGCGGCUGCCGAGGCAGCGAAGAAGGCCCUUGAAGAUGCCGAGGCCGCCAAAGCAGAGGCCGCCGCUGCUGCAGUUGCUGCCUUCAUGACCGAGGGCUGGAAGGUCGAAGGCCAUAAAGACUGGAUGGCCUCGGUCAUGGAGAGUUCUGCCGAGGGGUGGGUGAAGGGCCCCGGGGCGAUGUGGCAAGCCCGAAAGGGCGAAGAUUACUACGCCGGGGGGGAGUUCUUCACCCAGGCCCUGAUCUACAGGAGGCUCGUCCGGCACUUGAAGAUAGAGCCAACGGCCUUCAACCCGACGGCGUACGGUCUCCCCCCCCCCCCUCCAGCCUGAUAUCAGAGUCCCCCUCCCCGAGGGUGUCGAGAGGCCGGAACUGGAGGAUUCGGAACUCCUGAAAGAGGCCGAGGGCGAUGAAGCAGAGGCUGAUGCGGAGGUCAUAUCGAAGCCUGCGGAAGAAACGGCCCCCGGGAAUGACGUUGUUUGAUGUGUAAUUUGUACUCAGUAUUUUGAACUCUUUGUAAUAGCCACAUUAGCAUGUUUUCGGCCUCGGCCACCAUUGUAAUAACUACAUUUAC